UUCCUACUAGUGGUGUGACUUCAGUGUUGGGUUGACGGGGAAGUGAAGGGGAAACACAGACGAAAAGUUUAUGGAAUUAACGUUAUACCCUCAUCACAAGUGCUUAGUUUUACAAAACAAGGAUUAUCACCGCCAGAAGAAAAGUUACACAGUGGGACAUGCAGAGCCAGGCUGUGUCCCUGCGGUGGUAAGCUCCAGCCAGCAUUUUCACGGUCAUGGCGUCAGAUCGAGAGGGGCGUGGGUGUGAGCUUCCCAUUGCCCCAGGCCAGGUGUACAUUGAGGUGGAGUAUGAUUAUGAGUACAAGGCCAAGGAGGGCCAGAUCUCCAUCCGCCAGGGAGAGUGCUACAUGCUGGUGAAGAAGACCAACGAGGACUGGUGGCAAGUGAAGAAAGAGGAGGGGACCAAGGCGUUUUACAUACCAGCGCAGUAUGUCAGAGAGGUCCGCAAGGCCCUCAUGCCCCCUCCAAAGCCUCUGCACCUGGCGCAUCACGGUGGAGGGAGCGGGGGGAACUCGGUCUUGGUCAAGGCAAGCAUCUCUAACGAGAACCUGAACUUGACCAGUUUCAGCCGGCCCUCUCCCUCGUCACCCUCCCCCUCCUCGUCGUCGAGGGCUGCCCUCACCCCUCCGAGCCAGCACAGGGACAGGGACGCCAACCAGAAUCCUGGUAGAGACCCUGGCAGCCUCACAAACCAUGACAGGGCCCUGGCAGUCAUUAUAAAGAACAACCACACCCACCCCCACCCUCACAACCAUGCUGCUGGACGAGGAUGUAACACGCUGCCCCAUGCCGAUGCCACUUCCCCUGAUCUCCGCAGGGUGCCCCUGAAUGUGGAGAUGCCCCCGGGGCACUGUGACUCAGAGGGUUCGGAGAGACGCAACGACUCGGAGUCUGGAGACGAGCUGAGCAGCUCUACUGAGCACCUGCAGUCACGCUCUUCCUCUCUUGUAUCCCAUUUCACUGCACAGCAGGGAGAGGACUGA